AUGGAAGAGGUAGGGGAAACGGCUAGACUGCGAAGCUCGAUUGGGUCACGACCACAACGCGAACUCAAUUUAGUCAAGGCCCGCUUCGACCAGUACACUAAACAGGCGACUCGAUGUGACUUGACUGAACCCGAGACGAAGUGGAAACGUCAAACAGCGGUAGGUUUAGAACUGUUAGCCGAAGCCGGUAACUACGCGGCGUUCCAAAGGCUAUACGGUGCACCACCCUACAGCUGUUGGUACCCGCCCCAAUCGGGACCUAGUGCAGCGACACCUAGUGCGGCGGAUAUUUACUAUAGGCAAGCGGCGGCGGCAGCGGCCGCAACCUUACAAAAACCUUUACCUUACCGCCUAUACCCUCCCGGUAUAGGAUUAGGAAUGCCAGGACCUAGUGCACACCUAAGCAACCUCGCCGCGAGCAGUUCGCUAAGUUCCUUAUCGAGUUACUAUAGCCAAUCUGCGGAACCGCCACCGAUUCGGUCACCUAGUCCUGACACACCGCUAGAUCCGGGCUCGCCCGGUACCGCGGGAAGAAGGUCUCCCAGUGACGACGAGGACACUAUUCAUGUAUAGAAACCGCGCGUAGAACUUUUAUUGUGAUAACCGAAAAGUGUAUAAAAAGCUGAACGUUAUUAUUUAUUUAAAGGUAAAUUGCUUUUAAGUGUCGUGAGGACAACUUUGACAAAAUGUUGUGUAAUAUUAGAUGUACUUUAAAAACUACACGAGUAUGUGCAAACCGCCAUUAUCCCUAUGUAAAGUUAUUUACAUAUUAACAGUUGUCGUUACAGAAAAAAAAUUGUACAAAAGACAGCGAGAACAGAUGUUUUUUUAUGCCAUUUUCCUUCUAAUUAAAGCGAAAUGUGGCACGUACCUACCUAAAUCGCAUUUUGGACUAUUUUUUUCUUUUAAAAGUAGUCUGUGGAAAUGAAGAUCUUCACCUUGCUAUUGAUGGUCUACAAAAGUAUUGUAAUUAUUUAUCUAAAAAUAGGAUGUAAAUGUAAAAUAAAUAGAAAGUACUUAAUUA